AGUGCUGUGCAGGCGGAUGAGUCCCUAUGACUUCCGGUAGAUUUUCCUCAUUGGUAGAAGCGCUAUGUGCGUUGGUGGAGGAGGUAGUCACCGCUGGUUAUAACGUGCUUUCCACGCUGUACGGUACGACUGCACAAUGCGGAGCGCAGUGUCCUCGCUGACAUGACUGGCCCGGAGGUGACUCAUGUGAUCAGCUCUGAGAACACUCCGUGUGCUCCAUCACCUACGCCUGCAGAAACAAUGUCCAAAGGCAACGUCACAGACACCAUCCUCAGCCUCACCCUGGAGAUCAUCUACCUACUGACUGGAGAGGAUUAUGCUCCAGUGAAGAAGAUGACUGGUGAGUAUGGAAGAAGAAGCAGGACCCAGAGCCCUGCGACGGAGCCAUCUCAUUCAUAUGAGCGAUACAGUGAGCAGAAGAUCCUGGAACUGACCAACAAGAUCAUUGAGCUACUGACUGGAGAGAUUCCUAUAAGGUGUCAGGAUGUCACUGUCCAUUUCUCCAUGGAGGAGUGGGAGUAUAUAGAAGAACAUAAGGAUCUGUACAAGGACAUUAUGAUGAAGGACCACCAGAAUCUCCCAUUACUGGGUCUACCUGUCGGUGACAAAAGUUCAUCUAAAGUUCCACACCCUAUCUCUGUUUCCAAUCAUGACCAUGAUCAGAAAAGUUCUGUUCAGUCACAGCAAACAAAAACCCUUCCUAAAUGCGAAGGAUUUGAAAUGGAGAAGACUCUACUUGUACAAUCAGGCCCACCUAGAGAAAAGAACAUCCAGGACCACGAUUGUUGCACAGCUACACAACCUAUGCAGAAGUGUCCAUCUGCUGCUAAUACAGACAAAUUGAUGUCAUGGGGUGGAGGAAACCUUUCUUUAUCCACCCAGUAUCCAUCUAGUUGUGUCAAAGAGGAACCCAUCUCAUGUGAAGAUGGAAAUUCAACGAAGACCGGUACUUAUAACCCCUGUGGUCAUGUACAGCACUCAAAUGCUCACAUUAAAGAGGAAUUAGAGUCAUUUGAUGGUGCAAUCCUUACAGAGUCUGACAUGUAUGUACCUGCAGACAUUUGUCAAGAGAGUAGCCUCAAUAUGUAUGCACCUGUAGAACAGCUUUAUACAGACAUGGGGAUUCUGGAAUAUGAUAACUGGGAUAUUGGCUCAGAGAAUAUCCAUCAUUCAUCACUGAUAAACUUUGGUGAACGUGGGGAGAUCUUUCCCAGUAGAUCAUUUUUUCCUACAAAUCCAAGGCCUUCUAUAGGAGCAGCAAGUUGUUCAGACUGGUUGAAAUCAGUUGCUGAUAACUCCAGUUUGGCUGUCCAACAAAAGGAGCAACCUGUGGCAAGACCAACAGUUAGUUAUGAACGAGAAAAAAGGUUUACCAAAACAACUGACUUUUUCUGCCAAGCCAGAUAUAAUCCAAGAGGAAAUCAAUUUUUCUGUUUUGAAUGUGGCAAAUAUUUCUCAACUAAACCACAUCUGAUCCGACAUCAGAGGAUUCACACUGGCGAAAAACCCUUCUCUUGUUCUGAAUGUGGAAAGAGCUUCAAUCAGAAAUCAAUCCUUGUGACGCACCAGCGGACUCACACGGGAGAAAAACCCUUUGUGUGUUCCAUUUGUGGGAAAAGUUUUAUAAAAAGUUCCAACCUUGUUUCACAUCAGAGGAUCCAUGGAGGAGAGAAGCCGUUCUACUGUGCAGAAUGUGGGAAGUCUUUCAUGAAAAGUUCCAGUCUCUUUGCGCACCAAAGGACUCACAGGACAAGAAACUUCUCUUUUUUCUAGGGCUAAAAAAUUUCAGGGUUUGGAUUUAAGAUAAUAUUUUAUAUUGAAUAUAAUAUAUAUUUCAUAAAUGUGUAAAUAUGAAGUGAGCUUUAUUGAGUUAUGAUGGAUCUAUUCUCCUUAUAGUGAUCACUAAUUACAGUUGGAUGCAGCUUGAUUAUUAAUUGAAAUGAAUCGCUAAUGAAACUUAUUAUGGACCGGUAACAAUGUUUUGUGUCUAUGGAAAGAUAUAUGGGUGCACUCUGGUAUAUCCAGGAAUAUAAUAUGUAUCUCAUUAGCGCUUUUUAUAUGCUCUUAAUCAAAAGACAAUAUGGCACAUGAUAAUCACCCAGCCCUACUUUAACUUUUUCACAUUUUAUGGGCAGCCUUGUGCUAAAAAAAAAAAAAAUUGAAUAUUUUCCCUAUCAAUCCCUAAUGAU